UGAAAAACAACAAUCCGAGGAUAGCAGCGGUAAAAACAAAUCCGAAUCGCAACAUUUAAAAAAAAAAUGAGAAAAUCAUCUGUUGGUGGUCGACCUUCAAUUUCCGGUCCGCCUUUGCGGGUGCGGAGUGAAAAUACUAUAAACCAGAGAGCCCCCUCAAGAGAAAGAGCAUCAUCAAUUGGGAAACCAUAUGGAAUAUCCAAAGUGCCUGUUGCUAACCAGAGAUUAUCUUCAGUUUCUACAAAUCAGUUUCCAUAUGUACCAAAAUCAGGGCGUCCAUCAAGUGGUAUUGGUGUACGUGGAAGGACUGAUAUUCCUAAAGAUAACCGGCCUCUUGGUGACAAGAGGUACCAUAACAAGUGCAUUGGGCAGUUAUUACAGUUCCUACAUGAACAUCAAUAUUCAUAUCCCAUAUCUACCAAGCUUCUAGCAUCUCCAAGCAGUAAAGAUUUUUUUCAAAUAUUUGAGUUUAUAUGCAGCCAAUUAAUUGAUGGAUACAAAAUUUCUUCAAAACGAGAAGAAGAAGUGCCUAGUGUUCUGAGACAACUUGGGUACCCCUACACAAUAUCAAAAACAUCUAUGUUUUCUGUUGGUACACCUCACACUUGGCCCCAGUUGUUGGCUGCACUAAUUUGGAUGAUUGACUUAUUGAAGAUGACUGGAAAUAUUCAUGAAAAUGGAGGCAUUGAUGCCUUUAUUUUUGAACCAACUGGUGAAGACUUUGAUGGGAAUUCAGAUGACAAGCUAGCUUUUGACUACUGUGAAAAAACUUAUUUAGCCUACAUGUCUGGGGCUGACAGCUAUGAAAGCUUUGAUGAAGAGCUCAAGCAAAUACUAGUUCAAAAGUAUUUUGGUGGCAACUAUCAAGAGAUUAAUGAUGAAAAUAUUAGGAUCGAACAAGAAUUAAAUCUUUUGGAGCAAACAGAGGAAAGAUGUUUCAAGAUUAAAGAUCACAUUGGGAUGCUGAAUCAUGAUACAAAUGUGUUACAAGCUUAUAUAGAGGAUAUGCGUCGAUACAGAAAAGCUCAAGAAAGUGAAGCGCAAACCAAAAGAGAAGAAUGUCAAAUGUUGAAGUUGGAUCUGCAAGCAGAAAAGGAUAGAUUGUCUCAAAUGCUGGAAAUCCACAAAAGUCAAGAUCUGAGCCUGUCUGAUAUAGAGAGACUGAAAGCAGAGCAAGAAGGACUCAAACAACAGGUGGAGCAGCUGGAAAAACAAAUCGCUAACAUUGACUUGAACAUCUGGAACUUGUCAAUGGAACAAGCCAAAUUAAACGAGAAGGUUGAUGAAGAAGCCAUAACUUACAACAGACUGGCUAUUGAAAUUAAACUGGUCCCUGAGACAGCAGAACAUGCACAAGGUCAAGAUUUUAGACUUCGUCCUGGUGUCAGCUCUGACCCAGUUUCUGAUUUUGAGAAAAAAGUCCAGCCCAAACUGACUUAUAUGAAGAAGCGCUGUCAAGAGUCUAUUCGCAAAAAAAAUAAAUCUACCUUCCAGCAAGCAAAUGAAAAUGAACAGUUUCAAGAAACAUUAAAUGAAAAACGAGAUAAAAUUGUCAAGAUGGAGAAGGAAUUAAAAUCUGUUGAAUCUGAUAUAGAACUAAUGAAACAGAUGUUUAAUUCAGACAAGAAAUCACUAGCAAGUGAGAUAGAUGCAUUACAGCUAGAUGUUGUACAGCUGGAGUCUUCUUGCAAGCAGCUUGAGUCUGAAAAAAUCCAAUUGUCAGAAGAAUGUUCCUCCCGCAGUAAAAGUUUAAACAGGCUGAGAGAAGAAACAGAUAAAGAAAUGUCUAAGAUCAAUAAUGAUUGGGAGAAAAAAGAAAAAGAGUUUGAAGAGUAUGAUUGUUUCCUAAAGGGGCAGCUGAACGAGUUUGUGGAAUACCUGAAGACCAAACGUGCAGAAGUUGCAGAAAGGGUGAACAAGCUUAGAACAGAAGCCCAGUAGUUAAUGAUGGCUGGAAUUUUAGUAAAAUUGUUUUGUUUUUAAACUCCACUGAUUGUAAUGUUAGUUUAAAAUUUUACUGUAUUAUAUUGACUCAUCUUAUUAGUUACUGUUAAGAAGUAGAAUCUAGUAAUAGGUGUGCCAGUGGCAUAUAAGUUAUUCUAGUUUUAAAUUAUUGAAAUUCUGUCUUAUUUUGUCAGCACCCAACUUUUUUUUUUACUUCUAUCAACCAAUUACGUCCACAGAAUUUUUUUUUUUUUACACCGCCUACUGCCCCUUCUCCCUCACCCAUCCCAUUUAAAGAAAACUUUACAGGCAGUCCUAAAAUAGUGCAUAUGGUACAUCUAGUUCAUUCAUCAUUCAUUAACCUUUUGAGGUACAAGGUCUGAAUGGUAUCAGUAUAACUAUAAUGUCAUGACAGCAUCCACUGGAUUUUUUAAACAAGAUGUUCAAACAUGUUUCUACAGUUAAGAUGGUGUGUUUGUUAUCCCAUAUAGUGUGGGUAUUUUGGUCUUAGAUAUCUGGACUUGUCCAGUGUAAAUAAACCUCCGCACCUCUCCCCACAAGUCU